UCCCCCUCUCUCUCUCUCCUCUCAUUAUGCCUGCUGAUCACUCUAGCUCUCCCCCUCUCAUUAUGCCUGCUGAUCACUCAACCUCUCCCCCUCUCUCUCCUCUCAUUAUGCCUGCUGAUCACUACCUCUCCCUUUCUACCUCCCCGAUCAGGUCUGUUUCUUCCCCUCUCUUUCUCUCCUCUUUCUCCUCUCAUUAUGCCUGCUGAUCACUCUACCUCUCCCCCUCUCUCUCCUCUCAUUAUGCCUGCUGAUCACUCUACCUCUCCCCCUCUCUCUCCUCUCAUUAUGCCUGCUGAUCACCCUACCUCUCCCCUUCUACCUCCCCAAUCAGGUCUGUCUCUUCCCCUCUCUCUCUCUCCUCUUUCUCCUCUCAUUAUGCCUGCUGAUCACUACCUCUCCCCCUCUCUCUCCUCUCAUUAUGCCUGCUGAUCACUCUACCUCUCCCCCUCUCUCUCUCCUCUCAUUAUGCCUGCUGAUCACCCUACCUCUCCUUUUCUACCUCCCCGAUCAGGUCUGUCUCUUCCCCUCUCUUUCUCUCCUCUCAUUAUGCCUGCUGAUCACCCUACCUCUCCCCUUCUACCACCCCAAUCAGGUCUGUCUCUUCCCCUCUCUCCUCUCUCCUCUCAUUAUGCCUGCUGAUCAAUCUAUCUCUCCCUUUCUACCUCCCCAAUCAGGUCUGUCUCUCUCAAUCCAUCACUGAUUGUCUCCCCAGACUGUGUACCUUGAUCACUAGACAGACGGUGUACCUUGAUCACUAGACAGACUUUGUACCUUGAUCACUAGACAGACUGUGUACCUUGAUCACUAGACAGACUGUGUACCUUGAUCACUAGACAGACUGUGUACCUUGAUCACUAGACAGACUGUGUACCUUCAGACCCAUAUCUUAUAAUUGGCCUUCACCCAACAUUGCGAUGAAUUUCAACCUGAGCUUUGACAGCAUGUUUAUUAGGUCGUAUUGAAAGAUCAAAACAACUGUCUUGACAGACUUUAUUUAUUUAGGUUUAGUUUAUUAUCACUAAAUCAAAUACAGAAUUGUUUUCUGUUGAAGCACAAACACUGCUCUCUCCCAUCUCAGGCCUGUGGUCAGACGAAUUAGUGGUGAUUGGCUGCUUCUCCCUGAUGUUCUGUCUGGCUGGGCUGAUCCCAGAUCUGUGCCAUCCCUAGCCCCUGCCAUCUUGUGUCAGCUCUCAGCACAAUGCUGAGACAUCCAUAGUUCUCACCAAGGGUGUGUGUGUGUGUGUGUGUGUGUGUGUGUGUGUGUGUGUGUGACCUCACUGUCUUCUUCGUACUUGAAUAUAAUAGCUUGUUUUGUUGGUUUAAAACAGUAUGUGAUGUCAUGUCCUUCCACAGAGUCAGUACCUGUUUGCGUGUCGUUUUGUUUUCCUCUCAGGCUGGCUGUCACUGCAGAGUGAUAGAGAGACACGGAGAAAGACGAGGAGAGGAGAGAGGAGCCUCCAUGUCUGCUCCUGUCCCUUCCAGUCGGAGAUCUGCGUCUGGCUCACGCAGAUUCAACCCUCUGAAUCCUCUGCAGCCCAAACGCCGCUUGCAGCAAAUGCUGUCGUCGUCCUCCUCGCCCGUACCCGUACCACUACCGACGCGCCCUGCACGGACAGCUGCCCCAGUCAGCAACAGAGAUCCCCAUGGCAAUGCCUCUCUCAGCAGCAGCAGCACUAACUCUGGCUCCUGCAAGGGCAGUGACUGCAGCCCCACCAAGGGGCGUCAUAUGAAGGCAUACACCUCGUGUAAAGAUAACCAUGGCAUCCGCCCCCCUCCCCCAGAGCAGUACCUCACACCCCUGCAGCAGAAAGAGGUGUGUAUCAGACACCUGCGGGCCCGCCUCAAAGAAACCGUCGACAGGCUGCAGGACAGGGACUCUGAGAUCGACGAGUUGAGGACCCAGUUGUCUCGUAUGCAGGAGGACUGGGUAGAAGAAGAGUGUCACCGCGUGGAGGCCCAGCUGGCUCUGAAGGAGGCGCGCAGGGAGAUCCAGCAGCUCAAGGAAGUGGUGGACGUGGUGCGCACCAACCUCAACUCCAGCGACUCCACCGACACCGGCGUCCAGAAAUACUUCCAGGACAUCAACGUCCAGAACCACAAGCUGGAGACCCUGCUGCUCAGCAUGGAGCUGGCUCAGAACGGGGUGGCCAAGGAGCAGGAGGCUGCUGCUGCAGCACGAGGAGCGGCAGGGUGGGCUGGGAGGCCUGGGACUGCGGGGUCAUGGCCUGGAAGUAGUCCCGCUGCAUCAGGGACUGGAUGGGGUGGUUCCAAGAGUCUGUGUGGGUCUUGUGACGGCUCCCCCGCCCGCUCUCUGCCCCGUAGCUUCACCUACACCAAGCUGAGCGACCACUCGCUGGCGGAUAAGAACGGGAACAGCGUUUUAGGGGAGGAGAACCAUGACAGUGGCUUUGUGUGCUGUGGGGAGAGUCGCAGUGCAGCCAACAGUCAUAGUCACAGUCGCAGUGCAGCCAGCAGUCAUAGUCACAGUCGCAGUGCAGCCAGCAGUCACAGGGCAGAUCUGCUUCUGGAGGCAGCCUUCCUGUCUGAGGAGACAGCCUCUCUGCUCAGCACCUACUCCCUCCUGCCACACUUCUCCAACUACGACAAGCUGUGCCCCGGGAAGGACAGGGUGGCGCCCCUUCGCUGUGCCAUGGGUGGGGCGGGCAGCGCCAGCCACCCCUGUCUGUCCCACCACCUUUACCUGCACCACCCCAGGGAGCAGGCUGUCCAGACAGAGAGCUGUCCCGUCCCCGGUGGGGUGGGCUACGCCUCUGACCUGGACACCAUUGCGGAGCGCACAUUCCGCUCUCAGGCCUGCAGCCCCACCUCCACCUGGGUCUCAGACGAGGGAGACGACCUGGACUCGGUUACCCCAACAACCCUCACAGCUACAACAGAGCCCGGUCCUGGCCCUCCGUUACCCAGCUCUUCCUGCCUCUUAGUUGAUAUGCCCUCCCUCUCAGUGGAGGAGGAUGGGGAGGCGGUGGGGGAGUUGGAGUGGCAGACAGCGGUAGUGGGGGAGAGUGCCGGGGUGAUGGUAGAGGCAGGCAAGCAGGAGGAGGAUGGGCGAUUGGUACAAUUAUGUGAGCAUGAGGAGGUAAGGGGCCUAGGGUUGCUAGGGGAAGGAAAGCAGGAGGAGGUAAAGGGUCUGGGGUUGCUGGGGGAAGGAAAGCAGGAGGAGGUAAAGGAGUUAGAUGUAGAUAGUCAGAGGGAGGAAGUGGAGGUGUGGUCGGUGGAGGAGGUGGAGGUGAGGUCAGUGGAGGAGGUGAGGUCAGUGGAGGGGGAGGAGGUGAGUUCAGUAGAGGUGGAGGAGGUGAGAUCAGUGGAGGAACGGCCCCACACCUCCCAGCCCAUGAGAAGUUUGUUACAGCAGGAGGAGAUCGCUGGGGUGACGGUGGUAGAGGUUGAUGAUGAUGAAGAUCAGGCUCAGGGAGCAGUAGGGGGAGAAGAGGAGUCUACCUCGUCUGGGUCUGGACCAGCAGUGAAGAGCUACUGGAGCCGCCACUUCCUGGUUGACCUGCUGGCGGUGGCGGUACCCGUGGUGCCCACGGUGGCAUGGCUGUGCCGGGGGCCGCGGGGCGAUGCCCUGCCCAUUUACCACUUCGGCUCCCUGCUACGUGGCUGCUGCACCGUGGCCCUCAGCUCCCUGCGCAGGGCCGGGGGCGUUAGGCACUACCCCGCAGGCACAGGUGGGGGAGCCAUGGGAGGCACAGAGAUCUGAGACAGGCCCCAUGACACCCUGGGAGCUGCACACACAUAACCCUGCCCUCUCUGGUCCUGGGUCGUCCUCCACCUGAUGUACUGGGUAAAGGAAUGAGUGGAGGAAUGAUUCUGAAGACAGGACAGCCUCCUAGCAAACCAUAUAACUCUCUCCUUUGAGCCUUGCUCCUGGUGACCUCUUCCACCUCCUCUGCUGAACUGAGAAGAGACACCGGGAUGUGUUGAAGUGACACUGAAUGGUAGAACUGAACGAUUGAAUGGACACUGAAUGACCUGAGGGUGUGAUUGAUGCUGAUUGUAACUUCUCUCUCUAGUGUGCAGGGAGACUGAAUGGUCUGUCAGUCUCUGUGAGUCUCUUCAUUUGGUCCAGUUCAAUUUUGACUCGUGGUGUGUAAGUAU